AUGGCGGAACCAUGGGUUGGAGAUCGACGAGGCAGGGUUGCCGAUCCGGGAGAGGGUUCGGCGGUUCCAGGUAAGUUAAACACUGCGCUGUUGUUCAAAAAAAAAAAAAUAGACAGGCUGAAGGUGGCUAGGUUUUGGGAGGCAUUGGGAGCUGAUUUUGCACUUGGCCCUGAUAGAUCAUGGGGUGAUGUUCAUCUUCUUUUCUUUCCCAUCCUUCAACUCAAUCAUUUCUACCUCUUAUGUGUCGACUUCAAAACCGAGCGACUUGAAAUUAUUGAUAGUUCUGCUUCCACUGAGGCCACCCGGGUGAAGUAUGGUGACACCCCUGAAAAUGUGAAGCUGUUGUUGACCGAAUAUUUCGCAUCUGUUGGUGAGAAGUUCAAGUCGAUUAUUUGUGAGAAUUUGAAGUGUAAAAGGAUGCCAAUGAAGUGGCGGGACACCGGGAACGAGGUGGACUGUGGAGUGUAUCUUAUGUGGCACAUGGAGAGUUAUGUUGGUGAAAGAGUUACUAAAUGGGAUUGUGGGUUGACGAGGGGUGAUAGAUUGCAAUUUCAGAUGCUACGUUUGCGUUAUAUCAGUUUGUUUAGAUGGAAAGUUGAUAGUUAAAAUUAGUAUUUAUAGAUAGUUGUUUGAUAGUUAAAAUUAGUAUUUAUAGAUAGUUUUAGACAUUUAGUUAUCCCUGAUCUUUUGAAUUCAUGUUUUGGAGUAAUGAUGAAUAUCAUAAUCAAAAGCU